GACUACCUGAGAAGCAGCUUUGGUGCACACAGCCUUCCCACCACUGCUCUGCCAUGUGGCAUCCAAUCUCCUGGACACCACGUGCCCAGUGGUCCCCAAACCACUUAAAGCUGGUCACUGUCUAUGUCCUGAUGCUCUUGGUGUCGCUCAGCUUUGCUUCGGGACAGAGCAGGCCAUUUAAGCAUCAGAUAGACAACAGAAGUCCUGAGAUCGACCCUUUUUGGUAUGUGGGCCGUGGUGUUCGCCCCAUCGGUCGCUUCGGGAAGAGGCAGCUGAGAAGCAGCCAUGGCAGCCUGAGGCCUGUGAGCAGACACCUGGAUUUCAUCUUGAAUGCUUUGUGGGAGCAAAAAUUAUUGGACACAGAGGACAAUGACUGGUGAUUUCUGUUCCCCAAGGUGGCAAUUCAACCUCUGUUUUUUGAAUUGUGCCCUCCCCUGCACCUCAGACCUACAGUUCUGCUUUUGCCUAGCAAUCCCACGCUGCUCUUCUUUUCUGCUUCUCGUGCAAGUACCUUCAAAAAGAAACAUGUUCAGGGUGCAGGUAAAAGACAAUGCAUGGACACUAGCACUGAGUGCCACCACAGCUUAUAAAAAUGUUUCUUCAUUGUGCAUCCCCAUCAAUCUCCUGAUCCUGUUCGCUGCUAGGUUCACUGUUAGGUUUAUCCAAAACCUACACAGCAUUUGGGCUGGGAUUUAAACUCUGCAGUGUUAAAUGUAUCAUUUACAUUUAAACCCUCCUGUCAUAUUUCAAGGUCAAUGGCUGUUAAUAUGUAAAAAUAAAAAGCAAUGGUUGGAAGAAAGACAAAAGGCU